AUGAGUUACCCGCUAAAAUCCAUCACCCUUCCCAUCACCAACACCCUCUUUCUCUUGAGUGUGAAAAGAAUUCUCUUUUUUGCAAGCUAUGUCAAACCCAACAUUGUGGAUACUUUUAUUCUUGUUCACUUUGACAUUGUAACAUCAAUAUUGAAUGUGCUUGGCCGAGACUGCACAAAACUCCCACGCAUUAUCAAAUUCUCACGACAUCACCACUGCCUUUUUCGCAAAUAUUUUCUUGAAAAAAGAGAGCUUACAAGGAAGGAUUGCAAGAUCUGUUUCGAGGAAGUGAAAGUAGAGCGUGGCAGUUACUCUUGUGUGGUAUCAAGUUGCAAUUACGAAGUUCAUGUGAAUUGUGCCUUAGACGAUAAAAGAUUGUACGAGGUAAUUGAGGAAGAAUGCCGGUGUGAGGAGCUCAAUGCAGCGACGCGGUCUUCCAUCACUCGUGUUAUUGAGGAGAAUGAAGAUGGGGAAGCCACAAAGAUUGAACAUUCCAGCCAUGAAAGUCAUUGUUUAGUGCUAGCAGACAAGAUGGAGGAGGAAACUGAUAGACAAUGUGAUGGGUGCAUGCUGCCAGUCUCAACUCAGCUCUAUUAUUGUUCGGAAUCAGAUUGCCAUUUUUGUCUUCACAAAAGUUGUGCUGAGUUGCCAAGAAUCAAGCAACAUUGGCUUCGUCAAUCUAAUGCUACUCUUCAAUUUGAAGAUCUCGAGACAUGUGGCCUGUGCGAUCGAAUUUGUGUGCAAAAGUUGCUGAUAUCAUUGAAGGGCAAGCACACCAACACUUCCUUUUUUUUUAAUUUCAAAUGCAAGCAGAAGAAGUGUAAUGGUUGUGGCAGCGGCUGGCAUUGGGUUGGUGCAUUCAGAUGUGGAAAGUGCAGUUUUGCUUUGGAUUUUGGAUGCGUAACGUUACCACAUUCAGCUCCUCACAAAUCGGAUGAACACAUGCUAUACCUUACUUAUCAUAAUGAUAAUGAUUAUCCAAAUCAUCGUUAUUGUGAUAUUUGUGAAGGAGAAAGAGAUCCAAGCCUUUGGUAUUAUCAUUGUUCGAUCUGUGAUACUUCUGCUCAUCCCGAUUGCGUUCUUGGAAAUCGUCCAUUUGUCAAGAACGGGGCCACCAUGUGGUAUUAUGGCAGACAUGAUCAUGAGCUUGGUUUUUUCAGGAAGGCAACGGGUUAUCCUGAAUGUUCCGAUUGCGGUAAGCUUUGCCAAGAAGAAAUUCUCAAGUGUGCUCAGCCUGCAUGCAACUACAUUGCCCACUACAGAUGCCGCCGGUUUGGAGAAGAAAACUUUUGAGCCAGUGGUA